CCUCCAUCCCCCACGCAAGCCAGCCAUGGCCAUCUCCAAGUUCAUCGCCCUGGUCUUCGCUUUCGCGGCCGUGGCGGCGACGCUGCAGCUGUCCGAAGCGAGGGUGCAAGGGUUCAACCAAGAAGAAGCAGAUGACGCCUCCAAAACAGCCUCCGGAUCAGCCGGGAGCCUCCCUGGUUUCCCCUUCCCGUUGCCUCAGAUUCCUGGCCUCCCACCGUUGUUCCCGUUGCCUCAGAUCCCUGGCCUUCCACCAUUGCCUAGCUUCCCACACUUACCAGUCCCACCCACCGCCGGCACGCCUGCCGCUCCAGGCUUGCCCGGUCUGCCAACGUCGUCGCCGCCGCCGCCACCGCCGGCGGAGUGCCUAACUCCGUUGACGCAGAUGAUACCAUGCCUGGACUACCUCACCAACAUCACCGUCUUCACGCCCCCGGACAUGUGCUGCGACGGCCUCAAGUCGAUCAUCACCAACGCGCCCAUCUGCCUCUGCCACGGCAUGAACGGCGACAUGAGCAAGCUCUUCCCCACGCCCAUCGAUCCCAUCCGGAUGCUUAUCCUGCCGCUCAGGUGCGGCACCAUGCUGCCACUGCGGACGCUUUUCUCGUGCAACAGUCAAUCAGUGCCGCCGCUGCUGCCUCCUACCACUCCAACGCCUCCUGCUUCUCCCGUGUCACCCGGACCGCCAUCGGUGGCUCCAAAGUCGCCAGCGCCCGCUGCUUCUCCCGUGUCAACACCUACAGAGGUGUCGCCAUAG